UUCUGAGGCUAGCUGAUGAGUGCAGACAACAAACAUGGCGUACAGGCAGCCGUCGUCGAUUAAGGUUGAAACAGAUGUAACGCACGAGGAAAAACGAAGAAUUCAAGAACGGGCGAAACUCAGGGCAGCACUCAAACAAGAAUACGUCCGCCAAAUAACGGAUCCUCACAAGCACGGCGAGGGUGGCCUCCUGUUUGACCCAGCGGUGCAGCGGUUCCACUCUGCCAAGGCCGGUGCGCAGAUCUACGAGACUUUCAAGCCGACACCGAAGGGUGCGGCCCGCUGGCUCGGAAUCUGCAUCUUACCCAUGGUGGCCUUUGGCUACCUCGUCAAGAGAGACAGGGAUGAAUUCGAGAGGAAGUGCAGAACGGGAGAGAUCAAGUACGAAGACAGGAUGUUCAAAGUCAUGUGAACAAGGCCCUUGGCUUAGCAGUUUGGAGGUAGAGGAAUAAAGGAUGUUGUACAUGGAA